GAUGAUGGUGAUGAUGCCUACUCUUCCUCAGGCGUUUGAGUUCAAUGAGUGGCUGCUGCUGCAGAUCCAUGAACAUGUUCACUCCUGUCAGUACGGGAACUUCCUGGCUAACAACCAGAGACGGAGAGAAGAGCUGCAACUCAAAGACAGGACUCACUCUCUGUGGGCGUUUCUGUUGAGUGAGGGGCAGAACUACCUAAACCCCGCCUACUGCCCCGCCUACGCAGAGACACACCCCGUCCUAGAACCCUCCACCCUGCCCUGCCACCUCAAGUUCUGGAGGAAUAUGUACCACCAGUUUGAUCGUUCCAUGCACCCCCGUCAGUCUGUCCUGAAAAACGUUCUCACCCUGAAAGAGAGCAACCGCCAACUGGAAGACACAAUAAAGAAACUGGAGGCUAGACUACAGAAGCAUGGCAUCAGCCCCCCCACCCCAGACCCCCAGGCCCCCCCUAAAGACCAACGCACCCUCCCUAACCACACACGGCCCCACUCCCUCAUCCUGGGAGCCCCCCUCAGCCGUAAGGAGGCGCAGCAUCAGGAGGAGGUGGGAGAGGAGGCAAAAGAAUGCUGCAGUGUGCAGUGA